UCCUAAAUAUAAAUUUUGCUGUCGCACAGUUUCUUCAGGCAUUUUGUGUAGAUUAAAAAAGUCUUCUUUCUCAAAAAAUGCACUAUAUCUAAGGACUUUUUCUAUGUUCUUUCUCUCAAUCGACGUUAAGUCUAUAACUUUGCAAAGAAAGGUCAUGUAGAGCCAGGAGAUAUCUCAUUUUAAUCAGAAAUGUGUGAGCUACAAUUAUGCUUUAUUAAGAAAGGUUUAAGUUAUUUUUUAGAGUUUCUGAAAAACUGGUUUUCUGGAAAGCUAAAUCUCCAAAGUCACUUUGCCCACUUUUUUUUUAAUCGAAAUUAGUGCAUUUUGAAGAGGGAGUGACAGCGCAGUUUCUGAGAAAGCUUUUUCUUGUUCAUGGCGGUAUGUGAAAGAAAGAGGUAUUGCACUGGAACCAUGUCUGGGGAUGUAUAUAAAAAAUUGAUGCUAAUGGAGCUGGAAAAUCCUAUAUCUCUUCAGAAGAAAGACGGUGAGUAUCGAUCAUCAGGAUGCAUUUUAAAGAGCGAAGCAAGAUACAUCUGUUUCUAUUGUGAAAACUUAGAAAGAAGUGUUUGAUGUAAAAAAUCUGAAGGGCACAAUGUAUGGCUAUAUAGGCGAUAGUGUAUAUAUGACCACAAAUGAGAAUGACUUCAGGAAUUUUUUUUCUAUUCAAGUCAAAGCCAAAAAAGAUACAUCGAAGCAUGUAAGAACAUGUAAGCUUUCUUCUGGUAUACGUUUGAGAUAAAGUUGAGGGACGGCCAGAUUUACGAUCUUAUCCGGCGGGGUCCUUUAGAAUCAGUGAUUUAUAUACAUAUUCAUACUACACGACUUUUGAAACGUGUAAGGCGCUGCCAGGACACUUAUAAUUUCCUGAUUAUGCUUUCUCUCUGGUGGCAAAGAUUCUGCCAAUGACUUCAUUUAGAAGAUGGAGCUUACACGUUCAGAUUAACGAGAUCAUGGCAGAAGUUAUCCCUUCGUUUGUAAAAAAUGAUGAAAUAUGAAAUUCUAACCUUGCGAUUGGCUAAGGUUUGGUCUGAUACUUCUUUUUAAUUUCAGCUCACAAAAUUGGCAUUAUUCACUGCGAUAUCAGAUUAGAAAAUAUCGUUUUACAUAAUGACAAUGUUUAUCUCAUCGAUUGGGCCAGUUCAAUGAAAAAACUGGAACCAUCACUAUAUAGAAGAUGUUUAACAACAGCAUCCAGUUCAAUUUUACAAGAAUUAAUAGAUCAUGUGAUGCAACGAAUCAAUGGUCCAAUGAUAUGUUAUAUAUCCGAUGAUGGCAUUGCAUUUCUUAAGUGUAUCUUCUUACAAUUGGAAUUUGGGUUGGAUGUAAAUAAAUGUAUUCAUGAUGCAUUUAAGCAACCAGGAUGUAUUUAUAGUAGAAUAAGUUCUAUUUAUGAAAUAAAAAUGGGAAAGCUUGUUCAUAAAUUACUCGUGCAAUGUAUAUAUUAUUUAGAAAAAUAUCGUCAAUCUUUAUCAGAAAAGGAAUUAAACAACAUUAUAGUGCACAUGAUUGAAAAUGAAAAUUAUUUAAUUGAAUUAAAUGAAUCUGAAAUUUUGACAAUCGAUACAUAUUUCGAAAAAAUCAGAUUAAAUGCAUAA